UCUCUCUCUCUCUCUCUCUCUCUCUCUCUCUCUCUCUCUCUCGGGUAUUUAAAAGAGGGAGGCGGGUCUCCGGGUCUCCGUCUUAACUCAUAGAAGAGUCGCAGCUCUCCCGCUCGGGUUUAUUUGAUUCACUCCGCCGGAUCGCGAGCUUCUUCUCCCGCUUACGGACUGAACUUCACAGAGUUUUUUCCUCCGGGAUGGCCGCGUCGAUUCUGGAGGAGGAAACACGUUAUGGAUCCAGUCCCUUGGCUAUGCUAACCGCCACUUGCAACAAGUUUGGGAGCACCAGUCCAGUUCGAGAUUCCGCCACACCCGGUAAAGCAGGAAACACAGCACCAGUUAGGAAACCAUACAGCAUGACGUCUGAACUUCAGAGCCCCAAAAACGGACGAGGCAACGAGGGCAUAGCGGACACUUACAGCGGCUCUUUCACAUCCAGCGGUGGCUUGCUAACCCCAACCGGUAGCCCUCCACCUCCCCAUACCGGAACGUACAACACCGACUACAACCCGUUUUCCACAUUUCAGACCUCCGCUGUCUCUCAGGACCCUUCGCUUCUGGGGAGCAAAACCACAGCAGACUGCCUGACCAGCGUCAACACCUACCUGGAUAUGACGCACCCUUACGGCUCAUGGUACAAGGGCAUCCACCCCGGUAUCACGGCCGCGCCCGCCAAUGCCACUACUUCUUGGUGGGAUGUCCACACUAAUUCGAACUGGCUUAGCGCCGGACAGGCUCAGCCUGACGGCCUUCAAGGCUCGCUGCAACCCGUGGCCCCACAAGCCUCCCUCAAUCCUCAGAUGCCCAGCUACACCCCUGAGUUCACCUCCCUCAAUCCGGCACCGUACCCCUCCGUGGGUUUGAGUUCAUCUUCACACUUGCUCCCGUCCUCGCAGCAUAUGCUCCCACAGGACAUGUAUAAGCCCAAGCCGGUGGGUAGUUCUGGGAUCCUGGAAAAUUCCAUGGGACUAAAACCGGCCCGGGGUUCUGGUGGAUACGCAGGUGGCUCUACCACAGGUAGGUCUUCCUGCGAUUGCCCAAACUGCCAGGAGUUGGAGAGGCUCGGGGCAUCCGCGGCAUCCCUGCGCAAGAAACCUGUACACAGCUGCCACAUUCCUGGAUGCGGAAAGGUCUACGGCAAGGCCUCUCACCUGAAGGCUCACCUGCGUUGGCAUACGGGCGAGAGACCCUUCGUGUGCAACUGGCUCUUCUGUGGUAAGCGCUUCACUCGUUCAGAUGAACUGGAGCGCCACGUGCGCACGCAUACGCGGGAGAAGAAGUUCACUUGUCUGCUUUGCAAUAAGCGCUUUACUCGUAGCGACCACCUGAGCAAACAUCAGAAGACCCACACAGAAGCUAGCCUGCAGGGUAAAGGUGUGGAGGGCGACGUGGAACCCAGAGGGCCAGAAGACUCGACAGAUUCCAGUAAGGUGGUCCCUCCAAGUGGCGUGCAGGACCCCACGGCCAGCGGAGAGGAGAAGAACGGCACAGGAAACGGUGUGGAGAGCGGGAGCGGUCUGCUGGAGAUAUAACACUAUGCAUUGGAUUGGUGAGGGACUCUAGAGUUGGAGCUGCUGUUGCAUUGGUGCUAAGCUGUUAACACAUUAAAUGUUUCCCAAAGAACAAUGUUUCAUAAAAGAAACUUACUGUGGACCAGAAGAUAAAAACACCAAGUUUUGGGAGAUGAACUUCUUAAACAAAUAAUUUUAUAAACAAGUACUUCAAACUGAAAUGUGCCUGUCUGGAGUGCAGGUUUUUUUAAAUCCUUUUUUAUUUUUUAGGUUUCAUUCUUUUGUUCUUCUUGAAAGUUUUCAGGGGCGGGUGUUUUUAUAAAGCCCAACAAGCAGCAGACUGUGUUUCUUUGCUUUUUGUGCAGCAUCCUACAUUUGGAUUUCAUUUUUAUUUAAUUAAAAUGUAUUUCUUUUUUAUUCAGUGUGUGUUAAAACACUUUUUUAGAUUGAAUAGAGUUGAUCUUGAGAUUACGACAACUAUCAGUUUAGACUGCAAAGAGGUAUUUCGGUUUAUGUUCAACCAUACUCUUUCAUUUCAUUGAUGAUUCAUUGUUUUAUUUAAUUUCAUAUUUACAUAAAACUAAUUUAUGUUUUAAAUUAUGAGUAGUUUGGAGACAAUGUUGUGUUCCACUGGUUUCCCUGAAUGGAAAUUGACCGUGAAGCGAGUCAUUUAUGAAUAAAUUAAGUUUUCUCAUUCA